GUGUGGAGGCGAGUCCGUGUUGACGUCUCAGAACUCAUCCGAAACACGGAGAGCGAAUGACGCACUCAAACUCAACAUCUGCUGUUACGUUGGAUCCACGAUGUUUAGAUGCUUGCAUACGUUAUAUUAAGCUGCAUUAACGACGGAUGUCCUCCAAGUGUCCAUUGCAGCCACAGUGUGAAUGAUCAUUUCAGGUAAAGAUCCAGCAAUGGCUGCUGAUCUGGGAGGAAAAGGACGCACCGGCUGUGAUACCCGACUGGAAACCAGCAACGACAACCAAAGUCCCAGAUGUGACGACUCGCGGCGAGCUUCCACGCUGCCCUUCGGCUGGAGCAGAGAGGUCCGGCAGCGGAAAGCAGGAAAGACAGCGGGCAAAGUGGACAUCUGCAUUACAAGUCCCCGAGGACAGAGGUUCCGCUCCAGAGCGUCUCUGCUCGCCUUCCUCCUCAAGGACGGAGAAGGGAGCGUAGACAUCAAACUCUUUGAUUUCACCGCGUCCAAGGACGACGUGGUCACCCCGUCACAGGUGCUCGCCGCCAGAGGGAAACGCGGGGGGAGACAGAAAAGACACGCGAAUGGACAACAGGGGACAACAGAGGAGCCGCGUCCUCCGAAUGAACCCGAGAGACCCGCCUCCUUCGCCAGGAGGGAUGCUGAAGACGGAGAAGCCGAGAGCUGCACACGAGCCGCUCCGUCCACCGCGCAGGAGGAGGAGGGAGUGGGACCGGGGGAGACUCCUCGGGGGGCCGGUCGGCCGAGGGCGAAGCUGCACGGACCGGCCCCCUGCGGUGGGCGACGAAACCCUCCUGAAGCUCACCGGGACGAGGAGGCCGACUCGAGGCCCUGCGUCCCGACGAUGAGGGUUGAACCUGCUGCCGACGACGAGGACGGGCGAGGAAGAGAGACCGAUCCUGAGCCGGAGGUCGGAGGUCAUCGGGGCGAGGAGGGGAGCCGCACACCGAGGAGUAAGUCCAAAGAUGACCAACGGAAAACCAGCCCCUACUUCAGCAGGAAGCCCUUCAGAGAAGGCCCCGGCCCCCCCAGGAGGAAGGCCUUCAGGAAGUGGACGCCCCCCCGCUCGCCCUACAACCUCGUGCAGGAGACCCUCUUCCACGACCCCUGGAGGCUCCUCGUGGCCACCAUUUUUCUCAACAAGACCAGUGGCAAGAUGGCCAUACCAGUGCUGUGGCAGUUCUUUGAGCGUUACCCGUCUGCAGAGGCGACCCGGCGGGCCGACUGGAGGCCCCUCUGUGACCUCAUGAAGCCGCUCGGCCUGAACGAGCUGAGGGCCAAAACACUCGUACGCUUCUCAGACGAAUACGUGACCAAACCGUGGCGCCGCCCCGUCGAGCUGCACGGCAUCGGGAAGUACGGCAGCGACUCGUACAGGAUCUUCUGCGUGGAGGAGUGGAGAGAGGUGAAACCGGAAGAUCACAUGUUGAACAAAUAUCACGCCUGGCUGUGGGAGAACCACGGGACACUCGGAAUAUGACAAGACCGCAAUCAAGAUUUGCCCACAAGAACUCGUUACUUUGGUUUUAACUUUCUUAUCUGUAAUAAAACGUUUUAAGUGGUUUAGAAGUUGGAA